UACCCUGGCGCGUGAAAGGAACGCUAGAGGGGAUUCUCAGUUGCAACUACAAAAAGGCAUCAGCAGAGCGGAAGAUUGAAAGUUCGAAAACGAAAAGAAAAGUAGGCUGGCCGGAAAUUGAAACGCCGAAUCAAAAAAAUUGCUACGAAUUCGGCGCUCCUACUGUAAAUCUUCCAUACAAUCUGUUCAUCUUCUGAUUGUUGACGGUUCUCUGCAGCAGUUAUGGGGAGAGGAAAGUUCAAGGCCAAGCCCACCGGUCACCGCCACUUCUCCACUCCUGAAGAGCUCCUUGCUGGUACCUCUGCUCGACCUCGCACUUUCAAACGGGAAGAAGCUGAAUUGGAGGAAGAAGAAUCUGAAGAGGAAGUGGAAGUGGACGAAGAGAGUGAGAAACAGAAAGGUACCCAGGGAAUUAUUGAGAUUGAUAAUCCUAACUUGGCAAAACCAAAGAAUCUGAAGGCUAAAGAUGCUGAUGUUGGCAGAACAACUGAAUUAUCAAGGCGUGAAAGAGAGGAGAUAGAAAAGCAAAAAGCUCAUGAGCGAUAUAUGAGGCUGCAGGAACAAGGGAAAACCGAACAAGCAAGAAAAGAUUUGGAGCGCUUAGCCCUGAUACGGCAGCAAAGAGCGGAAGCUGCCAGGAAGCGAGAAGAAGAAAAAGCUGCCAAAGAACAGAAAAAGGCUGAAGCUCGCAAGUAAGCAGUUGAGGGCAAUCAGCUUACUAUUAGUGUUUCUUUUCCUUCAAUGUUUGACACUUAUGUUUGUCUGUAUACUCAAAGCUUUAUGUUUGGACAAAAGUGAAGGGGUUGCGGUGGGUGGCGGGUGCAUGGGUAUAUUAAAGCCGAUAAAGUUACGAUACCUUUUAGAAAUUACUGUAUUUUAUUCUAUCUCAUUGAGCAUCUCAUAAUUUAUAUGCCAACUAUUAAUGUUUCAUCAAUUGGUGAAAA